AUAUUUUUUUUGCAGGAUUACUUGCUUUAAUAUUAUUAAAAUUGCCUUAUUUUCUUGUUUCGAUGUAUACGUUUAAACGUUAUGAUCCUUCUCUUCCGCGAAAUGUUUGCUCAUUUAAAGGCAAUCAAAAAUUAAUUUUUGAGGGAUAUCGUUAUAACAUUCAUCAUAUUGUGCCUUUAAAAGGUGUAAAAACAUGGAGAUGUGUUUGUGCCAAAAAAUUGAAUGGAACUCGUACAUGGUGCAAAGGAAGGGCUGAAACUUGGGAUAAUGAUAAAAAUGGAAUUUCAAAAGGAGAGCAUAACCACCCACCAGAACAUGAAAUUGCGGAGCUUGAAUAUUUUAAGAGUCAAUUAAUUGUUGCUGCCAUAGAAUGUCCUCAAGCUAAUUUAACUGAAUUAAUAAAUGAAGCAGCGUCGUUGAUGAUGACUGGAGGGUCAAAUUUUGGAAAUCGGGAAUCGUUGAAAAAAUCCUUAGCUGGUGCCAGAAGACAAGCAGAAAAUGGUGGAUUUAAACUAAAAUGUUAUAAAAAUAUUUGUUAUAAUAAAACAACAACAAUACGAAAUAGAAGUAUAAUUCAAAUAAAUAAAGAAGAAAUUACACCAAAAAGUUACAAUAUAAAGGAUAUAUUAAACAAAAAAAUAAUUUUUGAUAAAAAAGGAAUAGUAAAAUUGGAAGAAUUUUCAAAAAAUAAUGAAGAAAAGAAGAUAAAAGAAGAAGAGGGGAAAGAAGAGGAGGAAGAAGAAGAAAACAGUCUAAAUUUAUUCAAAAAACAAUUAUUUUCUUCUUCAUCAUUUUGUUCUUCCUCAUCAUCUUCCUCAACAACACCUUCUACUAAUGCUACUUCAUCACCCUUAUUUCUUAAUAAUAAAUUGUUUUCUUCUUCAAAUUUGCCUUCUUCACCAUCCUCAACAUUUUCUUUAUCUUCCCCAACCUAUUUAUCUUCGAAUUCUUCAAACUCUUCCUUCUUGGAUUCUUCCUUCAAAUCUUCUUCCUCAUCUUCAAAAAAUUCAAAUUUAUCGUUUAAAGAUUCUCCUUAUUUCAACUCUUCGUUUUCUUCAUCUUCUUCGACCUUGUCUUCCUCCAAUGCCUUUUUAAUGGCUAUAAUUGCUGCUGCAACAAAUUCUUCAAAUAAAAAUUUACUAAAAGAAGAAGAACAAAAACAAUUAUUAUUGAAGAAACAAAGGGAAGAUAAGGAAGAGGAAGAAAAAAGAAGAAAACAACAAAUUAUAUUGAAAAAGAAAGCAAGAAUUAAUUUUGUUUUUAAUAGGCUUUCAAGAAAGGUAACGGAGGUUGCUGUUUCCAAUAAUGUUGAUAAUAAUAAAAAUCUGAUCAAAAAUAAUUUGAAUGAAAUAGAAAUUAAACACCAACAAAAAGAAAAUUGUCGGGAUGAACGUUUUUUAGAAGAAAAUGUUAAAAAUAAUUGUAAAGAAUUUGGAACACAAACAGACGAAAUAACAAAUUAUUUCAAGGAAGAGGAGGAUAAUAAAAAUAAUGGGGCAAAUUUAAUUCUUGUUUGUUGUUGUGAAGAUAAGCAAAAAUGUACACAAAGGUUUGAAAAAUUAAUUUUUAUAAAUGUUUUGUUUAAUUUUUAA